UUAUGUAUAUAAAAUUCAAAAACCCAUUGCUGACCCAAUGGUAGCCUCAAGAGGAUGAAUUUAUCUAAGAUGAUGCUAGCAUUCCAUUAUAAACUGAUGGUUUCCACCUAUUUUUGCCAGGUAAGAUCCUCUGCUUACUCUUUUUCUCUUUUUUAUCCAUAUACAAUUAGCCAACUUGGCGUCCUAUAUAAGAAGGGUGACUCUCUUAGGUUCUGGCAACCAUAAAUAUUCACUAAUGGCUUCUCAAUUAACCAUGCAAGAAGAGGAACUGCGAAGAGGGCAAUGGCUCGAAGAGGAAGAUGAAAGACUAGCUAUGAUUGUAGCCAUUUUAGGUGAACGUCGUUGGGAUGCAUUAGCAAAAGCUUCAGGGCUGAGGAGAAGUGGAAAAAGCUGCAGAUUGCGAUGGCUGAACUACCUCCGCCCAAAUCUAAAGAAUGGUCAUAUAACAAGAGAUGAAGAACGUUUGAUAAUUCGACUUCAGAAACAUUUGGGAAACAAGUGGUCGAAGAUUGCUAAAAAAUUGCCUGGAAGAACUGACAAUGAAAUCAAGAACUACUGGAGAAGUCAUCUGAGAAAGAAAGCACUAAUUUACGAACAAGAAUGCUCUGGAAAUAAUACGAGUAAUUCAGAACAAAAAUCAUCAAGUGUCCCUUCAUCUAACAGUGGUGGCUCUUUUUCUGAAAAAGGUGAUUGUUCCUCUGCUGAUUCUUUGGCAUACUCUUCAAACGAAGUGAAAUUAUUGGAUUGGAUUCCAAGUUGGUCAUAUGAACAAAGCAGAAUGGAGCAUCAUAUGUACUUUUGCAGCUCAUACCAAUGUUCUUGUUAUUCUCCAUGGACCUCUGAAGACAAUACUAGCACUACAUGGGACAAUAGUUAAAUCAAUAGUAAUGUUUAAUUUUUCUUUUCUUUCUGUAGAAAUGCAAAGAAUCUUGAUCUGUAUAUACAGCUUGAAUUGUACAUUCUUAUGGGGAAAAAGGAGAAAAAUAUCCAUUUUGGACAUACUGCUAUCUCUUCCUUUAGCUUUAAGUUAUGUGUACUAAUAAUCAAGUAAAAUAACCUACAACAAUCGGUAAAAAGCCAUAUCGAAACUAAAUC